AUGAUCCUCAUCAGCAGUGAGAGCGAAGUAGGAGAGUUUGAAAUUGGAGUGAACAUCCCACAUGAGGAGAAUGAUGACUCCCCAAGUGAAGAAGAGGGUGAAGAGGUCAAUCAAGAGAUUGAGGAGAGUGAGCAUGAGAGCAAUGAGAAUGUGCCCAUGGAAGAGGAGGAGUCAGAGGAAGAAGAGGAUGAGCUCCCCAUGUACCAAGAGCAUUAUGAUGCUCUCUUCUCCAUGGACUUUGUGGAGACCAAGUACCCACAUGAUGACACAAUGAGGCUCUUGGGAUCUUUGAUGAUGUGGAGCUGGUUCCACAAGUACAGGCAGCUCGAUCGAGCUGAGUUGGAUCAAGGUUGGGGAUGGAUCACGUUCUUGGCAAGAGGAGAAAGGAAGGCAGUGACCUUCAGGCAGUUGGAGAUCCUUUUGGUUUCACUUAUGGGAGGGAACCCAUUGGGAUAUCAAGGAGGAUGA